AUGAACGGCAUCAGCCAGCCAUUACCUGGCCUCCUUGAUACCUUUCAAUUCCAGAUCCCUGAUCUACCCGCUCUUACUGAUUUCCAGAUCGCCCCUCUUCGAGAUCCUGCGCCAACCCGACCUGCAAACGUCCCGCUCCCUCUUGAACCGCUAGCCAGCAACCUAUUGAACAACUCCCGACAACGGGACGAUGAUCGUGUGAAGAGACGGGCUCCCAAGAUCACUCCAAAUGAUGUCUUGCUCGCCCGCGAAGCAAAGAAACCACAUCUUGCCAUCAGUGAAUUACUAGAAGGCAAUGAUGGCCAGGAUAUCCUCCCAACCCAGUUACCAUCCUUUAUCAGUCUAUCUGUUGUUGAGAAAUCUCCCAUUCAAGCUCCGACUUCAUUGGAAUACGCUCAAACCGCUGCCCAGAAACGUUUGAGACUUGAUACCGAUCCCGACCAUGUUUCCCUGGAUUCUAUCCGUCGAUUACCCCGUCCGGCCCAGAAGGAUGAGAGGCAAUCGCGGCGAGCUCCUCUUUUGCCCGCAAUGGUUACUGGCCUUCACGAACCACCACCUUCUGCAGCACUGCUCCCCUCUAUUGAUGUCGCCUCCCGUCCUCGGGUUGUUCGUACGGUUACUAGUUCCAAGAUGCAUGUGAAAGACAUGCUCACACAAUCCGAUCCAAGUGCUUCCCCGCCUCCGUCAGUUCCAGUGCCUUCUGCUUCAUCUCAGGAGCUGGUGACAGCCAAGCAGCCUAGCAGCUCAGUCAAUACUCCUUCUCACGAAGCUGGGUUUGCUGUUUUAGACUUGCAACAUACCACUUCUUACCGCGAUAACAAACCACGGAGAGCACGAAGGAAAUGGUCUGAGGAGGAAACAAGAGGCCUACUCGCCGGCGUUCAGAAGUAUGGUAUUGGCAAGUGGAAGCAGAUUCUUGAUGAUGCAGCAUUCAGCUUUUGUGAACGGAGUUCGGUUGAUUUAAAGGACCGCUACAGAGUCUGUGCUAACAACGACUCAUUUCCCAAAGAGCCACCUCCGAGCCGGACGCCCUCAAAUGAUGAUCUGACCAACACUGCUCAAUUUGUUCCCUCCCAACCCAGCUCAGUCCCAGGUGAUGAUCUCGCCCCAAAGUCCCCCACCGACUCUUCUCAAGCACCCAAACAACGUCGAAAGCGCCGGGCCUGGACGACAUCCGAGGAUGAGAAUCUGAUCCGAGGCGUGGCGAAACAUGGAUUUCAGUGGACUGCCAUUCAUGAUGAUCCGAAACUAGAUCUACAGCAUCGUCGAGCAACUGAUCUGAGGGAUCGCAUCAGAAACAGGUUUCCAGACGGCUACAAACAUGCGGAAUCUGCCCCACUAAGGUCCGAAGUAAGGAAAUCAGAAAAAUCCCUUAUUCCGUCACCAAUAGGCCAUGAUGACGCUGAUAUGCCGCCACAAUAUCCAAGCGGGUCUAAAUCACAACAGACCCCCGUUGCAUUGGUAUCAGCAAAUAUUGACGCAGGCGGUAAAACUGUCAACGGACAGAACAGAUCAACGGCCGCGGCAGUGACCAUGUUGAUACACAACACCGAUCACGAGCCCGAGUCAUAUAAUCCAAAGUUGGAUAAGGAAAAAGACAAGGAUCAACUUCCAGGUGUUACACUACCGAGUUUUACACUGGAUGUGGAUGAUGAUAUGGACUGGGAGGAUAACAGACUUCCUCCGCUUCAUGAGUGGGAUGAUAUUGGGCUUUAA